GAUGGCGGCCAUAACUUGAUCCAAUUUAUCUUCUUGUUUAUGUUUUGCGCUCAGUGAACCGGACUUAAACUAGCCGUUAUGACAACACAAAAUCAGCCCCAGAAGAAGAUCAAAAUUUUACAACUUCUUCGCGCGAUUCAAGCCGAACAGCUUUCGAAGUUGCAGCAAAAGUAUCAACUUGAACAAGACCUUCUUGAAGACGUCAGAACCUACACAAAGCAGAGGUCCACGAUCGAGAGAGACUAUGCACAGGCAUUACAAAAACUUAAUUCCCAAUUUCUUCAGAAAAAAGAGCUGGCUGCAGAAGACUUGACAACAGAAAAUGGAAACAAAACCCCACAUGGAGUCUGGAAAUGUUUGCUUGAUGAAUCAGAGAAAAAGGCUAAACGACGGCUGGCCAUUUCAGAAGAACUUCAGGGACAAAUGGGUGAAAGUAUGAAGACUCUUAAAUCAAACAAAGCACAAGUCUUUAAAAAGUGUCAAGAACUUACCCAAAAAAUUCAUGAGGAGCUUUUUGAGACAGUGCGUGAAUUAUCAAAGGCUAAAAAGGGUUAUGAAGAGAUGGAAAAGUUGGCUCAGGUAGCACGAGAACAAGCAGCAGAUGCUGAAGACAAGCUUAAAAAGAAAAAUGUCAAGUUUUUCCAGUCCAAGCAAUCAUUAGAGAAAAACUUAAGCAAGAGCUCCGGUCGACGUGAGAUGUGUGAAAGAAGGACAGCAAUGGCCAGAAAUGACUACAUCCUAUCACUUGCAGCAGCUAAUGCACACAUGACAAGAUACUUCUGCAAGGAGUUACAAGAAAUUAUGUCUACUCUAGAUGGGGACUUUUUUGACCAAAUGAGGGGAUUUCUCACCACUCUUGGCCAAGUUGAAGUAGAUGCAUGUAGGGCUGCAAUAACAGGCUUUGAAGCUUUGGUCUCUAAUGCUAAAACUAUUAAUAGAGAUACAUCUCGUCAAUCAUUUUUAACCAAAAACAAAGUAUUUUCAGAAGUUGUUCAAUAUGAUUUUGAAUCCUGCAAAAAUGAUAAGGUAAGACAGUUAACACUUGAAAAAAAUGCCGGCCUAGCACUCAACAAAGAAGCGAGAAGGCUGGCAAUGAGACUUGCCAAGGAUCAGAUGACCUUGAAGACAAAGGUCAAACAACUUCAAGCUGUUAAAAAUGGUGAAGAUGUAACCUCAACACCAGCUGCAGAUGGAAAUCAAGAUGUUGAACAGAGUCCUGAGAUGUUGAAGGAGAGCAUUAGACUUAUUGAAACAAGCAAGUUAAAAACAGAGGCAUGCUUGGAUGUCUUGCGAGAGGCUGGAGUUAAUGUGGACGAGUGGAUGAAGAGUGCUAAUUCAUUGUCUCCAAAUGACAUGGAUGCUGAUUUUCAUGGAAGUGAGAGCUCUCUGAACUCAUUCAGUGAUGAUUUUGGUGACACAUUUAAUGACGACUGGGAGGAUCUUGAUGAUACUUUCACUGCAGACUACUCAUCAGAUGACGAUGCACGAAGUGUUUCAUCCAACUGCUCUAUUCCACUUUCUUGCAUCGCUUUGUACAACUAUGAAGCAACAGAUUCUGAUGAGCUGUCCAUUACAGAGGGAGAAGAACUAGAAAUCUUGGAAAAAGAGGGUGAUGGGUGGUGCAAGGGUAGAAACAAAGCAGGCAUAGUAGGAUAUUUCCCUGAGUCAUAUGUUGAAGUUGGAUCAACAGCCAAUAAUUCUGCACUUUCAAGAACAGCUGGUGAUUCUCACACAGAUGGUCACUAUCAACUGAAUGGGUCACCAUCUAGUGUCUCGAGCCUAGCACAAUCACUGUCUGCUUCAAUGACAAAAAAAUAUAUAUGUUAUGUCAGAGCAUUAUAUGACUAUGAGGCAAUGAGUGACGAGGAGCUAUCAUUCAAAGAAGGUGAUAUUGUUGGAGUGCUACAGAAAGAUGACAAUAAUGUUGACGAUGGAUUCUGGUAUGGUGAGUUCCAGGGAAGGAAGGGCGUUUUUCCAUCCCUUGUGGUGGAAGACUUGCCAGAUGGAUUUCAAACAACAAAUACAAACAUGAAUGUAACAGACUCCGUAACAACAACUUCAUCCAGCAACACCAGAGCUGGAGAUUAUGUAACAUUGCCGUUAGAUUACCAGGCCAGUACCAUGGCAUCUGUGCCAAGUGCAUUACAACCUGUAAGAAAAGCCCCCCCACCCCCUGCUGCCUCUCCGCAAAUCCCAAGGAGCACAACCAUGGCUACUGGGGGUGCAAGAGCUUUACUACCACCUACUGAUCGCCAAAGAGCAUGAACUGAGAACUCUAAGACAAUGAAAAAACCAGAUCCUCCAGCAUUUACAAGAAGUCCAUCACUUCAGUCAAAACUGUAUGAAAACAUAAAUCAGUUGGCACCUUCCUCAUCAAAGCCUCCUGAUUAUGUCAAUGUCAAAGAUCUUCCAUCAGCAAGAAUGAAUGGUCCAUCAUCUUCAGGAAAUAGUUCUCUAAGUGCCCCUAGGCCUAUGGCAAGAUCUCGUCGACCAGCUCCACCCCCAAAGCCUCCUCCACCGACUGCUGCCAGCAGAUCUGUAUACAGAUCACAAUCAUAUGUUUGAAAUUGUUCAUCCUCAGAGAGAGGAAACUGGCCUCUUUUAGGCUUCAAAAGGAGAAGGCAACCUGCAAGAUUGAUCUUAAGAUAUUUACUGCAGUCCCUAAGGACCUUUUUCCAAAGUAGUAAUUUUUAUAUUCUUUUAUAAUGAAAUCACAUAUAUUAGACCUCUGUCCCUAAACCACUUCUCAAGAGUUUUGUUUUAAAAAAUUCAGCUUGAAAGGCAAAUAGAUACUGAGAUGAUAAAAUGUUUCUUUACUUUUAGAAUAACAGAUGUUUGCUAUUUUGAAGACUCUUUGUUCUGUUUGGCCAUUGGCUUUACAACAGGCAGGAAAAAAUUUGCAUCUGUCAAUUUUUAGCUAUAUUGAUCAAAACAGUAUUUGUGGGGAUUUAAAAGUGGCAGUGUGUUGAUUUGUAGAACUCAGUCCCCCUUAAACAUUCUCUGUGCUGUAGAGAUGUCUUAAGUGAAAUUUAAAGCCAUUGUUAAUAUUAUUAAUUGAAACAAUAUGUUAAAUUGUUCAGUUAAAUUCUAUUUAUUGCAUAGAACCUUGAUUAUUCCAAUGUAAAUUAAUUCAUCAAAAUAGACACUUAAUAACCAAAUAACAAGCUUGAAUUAAUUUCCUUCCAAGUUAAAGUUAUUGUACAGUAUAGAUUGUUUUUUGUGACUCUUCAAAAUUUGUCACAGGUAGUUCAAAUUGUAUCCAUUCCAAGCACAAUUCUCUAAAAUUCAGCAAUGCAAGGGUAUAGCACCUUCUACAUCAGCAACUUAGCAAGUCCUAGCACAUAAUUUUCUUGAAAAAAAUUAAGGACAGCACUGUGUGUUUCCUUCUUUAUUUUUACUCUCAGAAAGCUACAAUUGAAGGGGCCCGCAUAGGGUAUAAAAAUUAAUGUAGAAUGGAAACAGUUUUGGUUAAUAUAGCACACAAGGUUAUCUUUAGCCCUAAGUCUGUUUUCCUGCUCACCAUCUCCAUACCUUAGGACCUGAAAGGUUACAGGUGAAUUUUUAAUUAUCUACUUAAUAAAAUAUUUCUAUUAAGUAUCUUAUUUUCUGGCUGUGCUAAUUCAAAUUAUUUUUAUUCUCAUAUGUUAAACUGAAUGUCUGUGGCAUAUUUAUUUCAUUAGUUAAAUGAUACAAAUCAGAACCAUCCUUUCAGAACAUUUAUUACUAUUGCAACUUUGUGAAAGAGAAACCUAGUUUGUUGUUUUUAAAACAAAAUUACAUUGAUUUCAUGUAUAGUGAAAUAAGUGCAAUAAUUAUAUGAUAUACUUGUCUUUUCUUUCUUUCUUUUUUUUUCCAAGUAACAGUAUGAGUAGUAACAGUCAUGUGAAUUUCCAAAAAAAAGAAUUUAUUAUGGGAGGUUGGUCCUAAUAUAUUUCAAUGCAGAGAACUAGAGUACAUUUUAAGUUACUAAUUGUAAACUAAUAUGCCAUGGAUGACUUUCUCACCAUUAGCUAAUAGUUUUUCAUGUAUCCAGAGUAUUUAAACUGGAUUUGAUUUGUGGGCAAAGGUUACAGAAUUUAUCCAGAUGCUUUAGAAUAUUGUCAGUAGACUUGCAAAAGUGUGCGAUGUGUAUCCUGGACCAAUAGUUGGUCUUGAAAAUUAGCUGGUCUGAUUUUCCUUGCCAGGUUUGCAAGAGAUUAGCUUAAGUGGUGCAUGGAUAGACUGAAAGGACUUUUGACUUCAAAGUAGGUGUUUUUUUUAUGAAAAAGGCAAAGUGUUCAUAGAAUGGAAUAGGAAUACUAAUGAGACGAAAAAAUUGUUUAAAUCAUAGCUGCAAACAAUGUCAUUUUUCUCAAAAUUUCAAAAUCUUUAAUGACUUGAGAAGAUCUUGGCUUGCCACUUGAAAAUAGUAAAGUAUCAGGAUCAAUUGUCUCAUGACAGGCUCACUUAAGAUGUGGAUCAUGAAAUUUUGACAGCAGACUACUACUCUUCUUUCAGCUUCAAGGUCAACUGGUUGUACAUCAUCCAAUGGGAUGCCAGUUAACCUCUGAAUGAAAAGAAGACAUUCAUGUAGAAUGUCAUUUUAUACCAUGAUCUUCUUUGUACAGUGCAGAGGCCCAAAUAUUGAGACAAACCAUAAUACAGCACUAUUUUUACACUUCAUACUAAGGAUAACCUCUUACAUUUUCUGUGAUGUUAUCUAGGUUUAUGUUUCAGGUAUCAGUAACUGUUUUCUCUAAAGUGAUUAUAGCACACAGACCAUUUAUAUUAUUAUUAUUAUUAUUAUUAUUAUUAUUAUUAUUAAUCUAGCAGAUUGCAAUUGAAAGGCAAUGCAAAAUUGAUUGUUUCCAGGCCCUGUUUAUAAAUCACGCGCAAUCACCCAUUUUACUCACUAUCAGCUCCUCUUCCCUCAACUCCUUGAAAAUGAAUGUCAUCUGAAGUACUACCUCUACAAUAUUAUUGUAUGAUGAAUAAACAGGACCUUGCAUCAGUUGCUAAGCAAAUGCUCUAUGAUAAAGUUAAAUUCACUGGUACUGUCCAAGGAAGUGAUUAUUGUAAAAUGUAAAGUGUAUAAAGCUGUCUGGUUAUAAAAAAGAGUAAACUUGCAAUUUGAGAAAUGA